GAGUCUCUGCUGGUCCUGGAGAGUGUGCCGCAGUCUGCUGUUGUGUCUCGUUUGCCUUCUGAUAUCUACCUGCGUCUCUCCCUACCUUUUCCCGUACUUCAUCCCAUUGUAUGGGGAGCGGCUGCUCAGAAAGUGAGUUAUUCCUCGGCAAAAUACUAUUUAAAAUUUUUCCUUUUGCCUUCCUUUCCACCUUUAUCAUUGUUACAUAGGCUGAAAAGAGACAUGUGUCCAUCAAGUUCAGCCUUCCUCACUUUUGGUUUUUGCUGUUGGUCCAAAAAAUCCAGUCCAGCGCGUUCAAUUUUGCAACAAACUAGGAAAAUAAUCCCCUCUUGACCCCAGAAUGGCAGUCAGAUUUAUCCUUGGAUCAAGAAGCAUUUACCCUACAUUGAAAGAUUACAUAAUUGAAUAUUCUGUUUUUGCAAAUAUGCAUCUAGUAGCUGUUUGAACAUCUGUACGGACUCUGACGUUUUUAUUUAAAUGUCAGCCAUCACCCUAUGUUCACAAACCAAAGUUAUGCCAAAACGUCGCACUUCACAACGGGUUGGAAACAGACAUUGCAAAAUACUCUCCUGAAUAGCUUCCAUGUUAAGCUUGCUCCCCGCCUGUGUGUCUCUCCCCGCGCCCCGCCUGUGUGUCUCUCCCCGCGCCCCGCCUGUGUGUCUCUCCCCGCGCCCCGCCUGUGUGUCUCUCCCCGCGCCCUGCCUGUGUGUCUCUCCCCGCGCCCCGCCUGUGUGUGUCUCCCAUCCUUUCCUUCAGAUCGUUUUGUUGUUUUUCAGUGACAAUGUCUCCUCUUUUUCCCUUUUCUUUCUUUGCUCUCCUGACCACUCCAGUAAGAAGCACAAAGCGAGGUACCUGCCUUACUGUAUACUGUCUGUCUCUCUAAAACAUCUCACACCAUCAGCGCUGUAUUUUUAACAAGGCAUUUGCCUUGGGCGGCACUUUCAGGGGGACGGCAAAAAACACCGCCCCCCCCAAGCGCCCUGGCAUGUGCCCUGUUAGCCUCUCUUGUGGGGGAGCCAAGAGCUGGACGGCUGGCCACCUCAGGGCCCCCCCAAGAGGCGUUCAAGCUUCUCACAAUGUGGGCGGUGAGGGAGCACUGUCAUCUGCGUGCUUCGCAGUUAUGACGGGAGCCAGAAUAUAACAUCAUAUUCCGGCUCCCGGCACAGCUGCAAGGCGCAUGAGGGAGCUGAGCAGGAAGAGCUCAGAUGACCGUGCUCUCUCGCCGCCCGCAGUGGCUGAUUGACCACCGGCCGGCCCGUUUACCUGUGCCUGUCUGCCACCUGUGCCUUAAUGCCUGCCCAGCAGCAGGAGCCAGCCCCAGGGAAGAAUCCACUCCAGCUCUCCCAAAGGUAGGCUGGGUGGAUGUAAAUGAAAAUUAAAUUACAUAUAAAUUGGCGUGUUAAACAAUGUGUUUGAGUUUGUAAGUAUCUGGGUAUCUGUCAGUGUGUCUGAGAGUGAAUGUGUGUGUGUCUGUGAGAGUGUGUCUGUUAGUGAGUGUGUGUCUUUCAGUGUAUGAGUGUUUGUGUGUGUCUGUUAGUUAAACUGUGUGUUGGUCUUAAACAGGAAAAGAGGCUGCCUGGGCAGGAAAGGGCAGAGCAAAUUUAGAUUGGGUGGGGGUGGUGGGUGUGGGUGGGGGGGGGUGGGGGGUGCCCAAGUUUACUCAUGCCUAGGGCAGCACAAAUUCAAAAUACACCAUUCUCUCUUUUUCGGACUUGUUCUAGGGAUAUCUAUCUGUCAGUCUCUCUCUUUAAACGCUCUAUUUCCAUAAUUACUGUCUGUCUUGCUUAUACUCAACAGACUGCAAAAAAGAGACGAUAUGUGGGGAUUAGAAACAUGAAUUUCUGCAUCUGGCUCUUGCUCUCUGACUGUCUCUCUUUCUCAGACAUUGUGUUUAACUGUCUAUUUUAUUCCUUGAUAUUUCCCUCACUGUCUCCUUUGCUUGUCUCGCCCUGCGGCAGAGGACCCGUAGUCUGGUGAGUGCUUGCGGUGCGCUAUGGAGGAGGGGGUAAUGGUAACUGGAUGUUAAUGUGUGAAUUCUUGGAAUUUUAAAUUCUAGAACAAAAUGGCUGAAUUUAAAUAUUCUCCAGCUUGCCUCUCAGUCCAGCUGUUUUUGGACUUUAUUACAAUUGUCAUGCUAGUUAAAAACCCUGUGUGUUGUGAAAAUGUCAUUUUGUGCCCCAGUUGUGUGUUUCGGCCCGUGGGAGGAUCACAGGUUUCUUGCACACGGGGUCCGGCCCUUUGACUUUCUUACAAAUCGUAGCAAGCAAUGUUUCUGCUCUAAAGUUGCAUGCCUUUCAAUUCUUGAGACAGGCUUAGUUGCUGAAUGGAGAUUUGGUGAUAUCGCUGUGUGUGUGUGUGUGUGUAUAUUUUUAGGUGCAUGGGAAACAAAAGACUUCUUUCCAGACAGCUUGUAAUCCAGCCAAGCAUUAGAGUGAAUGAGGACUGGAUUUCACAUUGUGCAGACUGGACAUGCCCCAGUAGUCUGGAUACCAGUCCAUUAUUAUUAUUGAUAAUCAGCGUUUAGUGCAAUAUAAUUAUAAGGUGAUUAACUGUGGACACUAGAGCCAUAUGUUUAAUGCAGACUGGUUUUAUUUAUACAUUUUAUUAACAGUUAAUUUUCCUUCAUUUGAAAAACUGAAUAUUCGAGCUAAGCAGAGAAUUAUGCAGCAGUUAUUUAUUGAAUUACCAUUAGUGUGCAUUAUUAUAAAUACUCUGCUUUGCUCUCUCGCCCUGCAGGUGGCUCCGAGCCUAUGAGAACGCCUCGUCUUUCCAUUUCAGCAAUUAUUUUGUGGGAUUUUUAUCCGAAGUUACUGCUGUUUUAUCCGGAGCCGGAUAUUCAGAGGAAAAGGAUCAUGUUGCGUGGUAGGGAUGGGGAGUGUGAGUGGUAGGGGAGUGGUGGGGAUGGGGAGUGUGAGUGGCAGGGAUGGGUUGUAGAGGAGUGGCAGGGAUGGGGAGUGUGAGUGGUAGGGAAGGCGAGUGGCGGGGAUGGGUGGUAGAGGAGUGGUAGGAAUGGGGAGUGGUGGGGAUGGGUGGUAGGGGAGUGGUAGGGAUGGGGAGUGUGAGUGGUAGGGAAGGGGAGUGGCGGGAAGGGGAGUGUGAGUGGUAGAGGAGUGGUUGGGAUGGGGAGUGUGAGUGGUAGGGAAGGGGAGUGGCGGGAUGGGAGGCAGGGAGUGGUAGGGAUGGGGUGUGUGUGGAGUGGUAGGGGAGGAUGGAUGGGAGCAAGGGAGUGGUAGGGAGCUGGCGGGAUGGGAGUGGAGCAGGUUAGCAUGAGUGAUAGGGGAGCAUGGAAUGGGGUGUGUGUGGAGUGGUAGGGGGAGGGAUGGAAGGGAGUGGUGGGAUGGGGUGCGUGGAGUGGUAGGGGAUGGGCGGGAUGGGAAAUAGGAGUGUGAGUGGUAGGGAAGGGGAGUGGCGGAAAUGGGGAGUGUGAGUGGUAGGUUAGUAUGAGUGAUAGGGGAGUGUUGGGAAUGGGGUGUGUGAGUGGUAGGUUAGUAUGAGUGAUAGGGGAGUGUCGGGAAUGGGGUGUGUGAGUGGUAGGGGAGUGGCCGGGAUGGGGAGUGUAAGCUGUAAGGGAGUAGCGGGGAUGGGGAAUGGCAAGGAUAGGGAGUGCGUGUGGUGGUGAGUAGUAGGGAUAGGGAGUGUGAGGAGCGAGUAUAAUGAGUGCGACUGGCAGAGUGAGGGAGUGCGAGGGGGAAUGUGGAGCGGUAAAAUAUAUAAUGAAACCUCACUGAGGAAGACUCACAUCCAAUCCAUGGUGUCAAUGUAACUUCCCAUUUAAAGUCAUAGUGUAUUACAGCAACAUUUAACCAUGAUAAACCGUGACCAGACAUGGAUUUAACAAUCUGUCUGAAUAAGCCACUGCUUAGAUACACAGUGCUGAUAUCAGAGAUUCCACCAACGCGCAAUCAGUUAUACUGUUAUAUUAGCAGACACCCUCCCCGAUCGUACAAAACAGCCGCUCACAUGGGGGGGCUGACAGACCACCGUCAUGGAGUACAAUGCCCACAUGUGCCUCCCUUGUUCAAAAAUCAUGUUUGGACUAAUUAGAAGAUUGUGCUUGUCCCUUUCUGAAUGUAAUAGAAUUGAGACUUGGGUAAGUGUUAGUGUCUCGUUGGGAUAGGAUACUGGAACUGCUCUAUAAUACAGAGUGCUGCUAUAAUACCGUGUGGUAUAUAGUGUUACAGUAUGCAAUAAUACAGUGUGAUAUAUAGUGAUACACAGUGCUAUAAUACAGUGUGAUCCAGUAUGCUAUAAUACAGUGUGAUAUUUCGUUUUACAGUAUGCUAUAAUACAAUGUGAUAUAUAUAGUGAUACACAGUGCUAUAAUACAGUGUGAUCCAGUAUGCUAUAAUACAGUGUGAUAUUUAGUUUUACAGUAUGCUAUAAUACAAUGUGAUAUAUAUAGUGAUACACAGUGCUAUAAUACAGUGUGCUAUAUAGUUACAGUAUGCUAUAAUACAGUGUGGUAUAUAGUGAUACACAGUGCUAUAAUACAGUGUGGUAUAUAGUGUUACAGUAUGCUAUAAUACCGUGCGAUCCAGUAUGCUAUAUUACAGCCCGCUAGUUUACAUUGGAGCUGGACAGCCAGGCAUCUCAAGUGUAGAAUAUCACACGUUGCAGAGCCUUUGAUUAAUCAAAGGAUCAAUCCAUGUUGUAAACUGUCUUCACAUUUAAAUUGGCCACUUUUGAAAAUUUAUUUUUGGAGUGUCUCAGAAUAUUGUAUAUUUUUCUGUAGAGGAUCCUGAGAUUGAAACCCCUGUUGUCUUGUAUUGUAAACCCCAUGUGGAGUACUGGGCAUAAAAGCAGUGUGUGGUCCAAUAAACCUCAGUUGAGUUAAAUGGUACUCCCAGAUCUGUGUGUCGUCCGGUUACUGGGGAAAAGGGAUGCCUGCUUGUUUUAAGGCUUCCAGAGUGGCUGAGGGAAGGAAUUAGCAGGGGUAACUGGAUGGGUUACCAGGGGUCCGCUACAUGGGGGAAAACUCUGGUUUUCAUUAUACGUAGGUGAGGCGCACGGCACCGCUUCUGAGCAGAUUAAGGCAGGCACCUGAUGGUUUCAAUAAAUGUUUAUUUAGGUUAGGGAUGGAGAGGGCCAUGAAGGGCCAGAGCAAGUUAAAGCAGCAUACACUGCCUGCUGCCAUGUGUAGUCUUGGGAAUCAGAGCUGGGGGCAUGGCCGAUUUCUAAUCCUAUCAAGGCAGGCAUCUGAUGAUGGCAUGGGAGGGUGCAGGGCACAUGAUGUCAAAGCAGUGCCUGCUGCUAUUCUGAGGACCUGGAACGCCAUGCUCAAGGCAGCAAGUAUCUGACAGGAGGUAUCCGGAUAUUAAUGCAGAGCCUGCCGCCAUUCUUGGACCGGGAACACCAGGCUUGGCACAAACAAUUCAGCAAGUAUUCAGAUAUUACCGCAGUGCCUGCCGCCAUUCUGGUGACCCUGAAAGCCAGGCUCAGGACAAACAAGGAGGCAAGUAUCUGCAAAUUACAGCAGUGCCUGCCGCCAUUCUGUGACUCGUAACGCCAGGUUUAGGACAAACAAUGCAGUGAGUAUCCGGAUAUUACCGCAGAGCCUGCCGCCUUUCUUUGACUCGUAAUGCCAGGCUCUGGACAAACAAGGCAGCAAGUAUUCAGAUAUUACCGCAGUGCCUGCCGCCAUUCUGGUAUCAAGAAUGCCAGGCUUGGGACAAACAAGGCAGCAAGUAUUCAGAUAUUACCACAGUGCCUGCCGCCAUUCUGGUACCAAGAAUGCCAGGCUCGGGACAAACAAUUCAGCAAGUAUUCAGAUAUUACCGCAGUGCCUGCCGCCAUUUUGGUGACCCUGAAUGCCAGGCUCGGGACAAACAAGGCAACAAGUAUCUGGAAAUUAAAGCAGUGCCUGCCGUCAUUCUGGGGACCCGGAACGCCAGGCUCUGGACAAUCAAGGCAGCAGGUAUCUGGUUAUAACCUCAGUGCCUGCCACCAUUCUGGGGACCUAGAACACCAGGCUCUGGACAAUCAAGGCAGCAAGUAGUCAGAUAUUACCGCAGAGCCUGCUGCCAUUCUGGUGACCCGGAAAGCCAGGCUCAGGACUGUGGCAAACCUACCCACUUCAGAUUAUGUUAUUCUAUGUCUACAGGUUGUCCUAGUUAGUUUAUGUAUUCGUCAAUACCUGUAAUAAAGAGUAUGUGUAUGCUAACAGCCAAAAGCCACUAGCAUUCAUAUGGUAGUUUCACGAACAGUGACUUUCCAUGCUGUUCGUGAAAUGAACAAAGUACUGAAUGGGAGCCCACACACAGGGGUUCGUGUGGCUCCCAUUACCCCGGUUGCAACAUUGUAUCAAUUUGGCUGCUAAUUGAUUUCCCGGGUGGCCGUCGUUUGGCUACCGACCACGCGGCGGCAGCCAUCUUGGAUUUCCUUUUAGCCCAGCGGUGUUUGGUCAUCGAGUUCCUGGAACUAAAAUCGGCUACUCGACGGCGCGAACACCGCUGGACUUCCAGGCCAUUCGGGAGCGCCGGUCUUUCGGUACUUUCUUCCAACAUAUGUAUUCGUGACUUUCUGAAAAGUUGGUGGCAAAAUGUAUUUCAUGCGACGUUCGGUUAUUUAUGCUGGGAUCUGAGCGGUACUUUCUCAAAGUGUGCGCUCAGACCCCAGCUAUCUGCCGAAUGGUCAUUCGGUACAAUGGCACGAAUAAAGUAUGAGUUACAUAUUUUUGUGUGAAAGGCCGGUUCUACUGUACAGAGGGAUAAUUCACUUAACAAGAGAUUUUCUUGUGGGAGUAUCCCUCCCGUACAGCAGUGCAUGAUGGGGGAAAUGUCCUGCAUGUUCAGUUCCCCAUGUAGUCCCCUACUGUACAACCCCUGUAAAGUAACUAAGGAAACCCCUUGCAUGGGGAAUCACAUAAAUACUGGAGCUUGUGAAUAAAAUCAUCAGUUGACUCCCAGAACUGUGUUUCGUCCGGUGACUGGGGGAUUUGGGAUAUUGCCUUCAUUUUCAGCGCUUUACUUGGAUUACUUUCUGUAACAGCGGAGAUAUUGGGAUUAAAUAUUGCAGCUCCGCUACAAGGACAAACAAGGCAGCAAGUAUCUGGAUAUUACUGCAGUGCCUACUGCCAUUCUGGGAACCCGGAAAGCCAGGCUCAGGACAAACAAGGCAGCAAGUAUCUGGAUAUAACCGCAGUGCCUACUGCCAUUCUGGGAACCCGGAAAGCCAGGCUCAGGACAAACAAGGCAGCAAGUAUCUGGAUAUAACCGCAGUGCCUACUGCCAUUCUGGGAACCCGGAAAGCCAGGCCCAGGACAAACAAGGCAGCAAGUAUCUGGAUAUAACCGCAGUGCCUACUGCCAUUCUGGGAACCCGGAAAGCCAGGCUCAGGACAAACAAGGCAGCAAGUAUCUGGAUAUAACCGCAGUGCCUACUGCCAAUCUGGGAACCCGGAAAGCCAGGCUCAGGACAAACAAGGCAGCAAGUAUCUGGAUAUAACCGCAGUGCCUACUGCCAUUCUGGGAACCCGGAAAGCCAGGCUCAGGACAAACAAGGCAGCAAGUAUCUGGAUAUAACCGCAGUGCCUGCCACCAAUUCUGGGGAUCUGGAAAGCCAGGCUCAGGAUAAAUAAGGCAGCAAAAAUUGGAACACUUAAAAACACUUUAAAAAGAAUUGGAAUACUUAAAAACCUGCCAUGCUUAAUUUAUGCUCUGAGGUGCUGUGAGAUAAACAACACGAGGGGGGUGGGAGACAAAUGUCACAGUAACAUCAUUAACGUGAAAGUAACAACCUGUAUUUUUCUAACACAAACUAGUCCCUCUGUAAAAAUAUUAAAUGUCUUCCUCAUAUCAGUAAAUUAUUUUUAGUCAGUAAAAACUGGUGGGCACAGCCUUUAUGGACUAGGCCCCAUUGGUAACUUCCAUCUAUCCGAUAUACAUUAUAACAAAAUAAAAGCUAACUAUUGGAAUGGGUAGAAUGUAGUUAUCUGGUAUGGAACGCUGUAAUGGGGAGAGGUUUCCUUUAAAUGUUUACACGUUUUUGGUUUUAGUGAGUGGUUAGAGUGUGAGGACGUAGGGUGUAAGUGGAAAGUGGUUGGGGUCUCAAUGUGCCAUUUACUGAUCUGUCACUAUCUCCAAGGGAUCUGAUGGUGUCUCGGCCUCUAAAUGUGGAGAUUCCUCGCUCUAUGGUGGAAGUCGUGACAUCUUGGAACCUGCCCAUGUCUCGCUGGUUGCACUCAUGUAAGAAACUGCUGCUUGGCCCCAGAAGUCCUGUAUUCACCAUGGCACAUACCACGGCCAUCUAUACAACCCAGUUCCCAGCAUUCCAUGCUCUAAUUUCUGCCUUUUCUUGUUUCCUUCCAGAUGUGUUUAAGAAUGCUCUGCGUCUCGGAAUGUUCCACGCAAUUAUCGUUACAUACGCUGCCAGCGCUCUGCUUCAUGUGAGUGAUUCUAUAUUGAAUAUACACUGGUGCUCUCUGAGGGUGGGUGGCCAUGCCUUCCCAGUGGUGCUGUCUGAGGGUGGGUGGCCAUGCCUUCCCAAUGGUGCUAUCUGAGGGUGGGUGGCCAUGCCUUCCCAAUGGUGCUAUCUGAGGGUGGGUGGACUUGCCUUCCCAAUGGUGCUAUCUGAGGGUGGGUGGCCAUGCCUUGUCAUUGGUGGUGUCUAAGUGGUACAGCCAAGUCUUCCUGGGGGUGGAGGAUCACUUACAGUUAUUAAGGGUAUCAUGCAGGCUGAACCUUGUGGGAGGAUCCAUCUAUUUAUAAUCACGUUCUGUGUUUUCAGGGUUUCAGUUUUCACCUUGCUGCCGUUCUCCUGUCCCUGGGAUUCAUAACAUACGUGGAGCAUGGUAAUCUGGGUCAAGGUGUCCGAACACCAUUGGUUGAAAGUGAUGGGGUUUGGUGUCAGUUACUUUAUAAAUCCAAUGAUUGUAUACAAUGUCGCUGGAAGUUGAACGGACUGAGAACAGACAGUAAAAUUAGAGACUCACAUUCCCACCAGUUUUAAUCCGCACCAAACCAAUCCGUCACUCACCAUUCACCUCCCAGCAAUGCAUCACUCACCAUACACAAUCUGUCCCCUAUUAUUCACCGCCACCACACAGCAAUCUGUCCCCUAUCAUUCACCGCCACCACACAGCAAUCUGUCCCCUAUCAUUCACCGCCACCACACAGCAAUCUGUCCCCUAUCAUUCACCGCCACCACACAGCAAUCUGUCCCCUAUCAUUCACCGCCACCACACAGCAAUCCGUCACCUAUCAUUCACCGCCACCACACAGCAAUCCGUCGCCUAUCAUUCGUCACUUACCAUUAACCACCCAGCAAUCCAUCACCUUCCAUUCACCACCCAGCAAUCCAUCACCUACCAUUCACCUCCCAGCAAUAUGUCGCCUACCAUUCACCGCCACCUCCCAGCAAUCUGCCACCUACCAUUCCCUUGCAUCACCCAGCAAUCCAUCACCUACCAUUCACCUUCACGACCUUUCAAUCCGUCGCCUACCAUUCACCGCCACCUCCCAGCAAUAUGUCGCCUACCAUUCACCGCCACCUCCCAGCAAUAUGUCACCUACCAUUCACCGCCACCUCCCAGCAAUAUGUCACCUGCCAUUCACCGCCACCUCCCAGCAAUAUGUCGCCUACCAUUCACCGCCACCUCCCAGCAAUAUGUCACCUACCAUUCACCGCCACCUCCCAGCAAUAUGUCACCUACCAUUCACCGCCACCACCCAGCAAUCCGUCACCUCCACCUCCCAGCAAAAUGUCACCUACUAUUCUCCACCACCACCCAGCAAUCUGUCGCUCACCUUUGCCUGUGUCUUUUAGUGCUACGUAAGAGAUUGUCUGAAAUAUUCAGCGCCUGUAUCCUGUCGAAGAAAUGUCCCACCAACUGUACGCACCGAAACAAAAAGGUGAAUAUUAGUCACCUCCAUGCCCCAAAACGAACCACUUCUCCACAGCCCUGUCCACCCCAACUAACCUGUAAUGCUGCUGCCUCCCCUCCCCCUAACAUUCUGCUCACUUCACGUUUCCUGAUUUAAUUAGUCUCUUUUACCAUGACUGUCCCUAAUUCUUAUGUCUUUGUCUCUCUGCAGAGCCCCCUAGUGUAUUUGACAAAUCUCCUGUUUGGAGUCCUAGCCAUUGUUCACCUCACUUACCUGGGCUCUCUCUUCGAUUCGGAGACAGACGAUGCUGUUGAGGAGGAGGUAAGUCCUUCCAACCUCUCCCGGAUCACCCAUUUCCAGUAUCCACUCAAUCGGCUUAUAUCUGGUCUGUGUGGAAAUGUAGUCAAGGUUUCUGCUAAAUCUCUCUCUAUAACCAAAAUAAGCAGAUGUUUGGUAUAUUUUAACAAAGGGAAGAUUAAUCAUAAAAGCAAAUCUCCAAACAGAUCCAGCCUUUCUAAAAUUCUACUUUGUCAUAUCCUGCAUUAUCCUGCAGGGGGCAGCACCGUGUAUAUCCUGUCCUUUGGGAGUUCUUUCUAUUCUAUCUGAAUAAUGUAUCUGUACAUUCUGGGAUUUUCUUUUUUUCUCAAUCCUUCUUCUCAAAGCUUUGUAAGUGUAGAUUGACUUUCUAAUUCUACAGAGGGGUUUAUUCACUAAACAGCAAACAUGUUGGUUAUGGGCUUCAUGUGACAUAUGUUGACUACCUACCGGUUGGAAACAUUAUAUCUCUGUAAACCCAGCUUUCUCACUGUCUCUCCUGUAAAUCUCUUUACCCCCAUGGCUACAGGCUGUCUGUUACCCCCAGAGCUAUGAGCUGCUUCUACCAUUCAAACUGGUUCGCCCCCUUUCUCCCGAUAGGCCAGCGCGAGUUAAAGGACUCAGCUAGCUGAUUGGUCAAACUGGUUCGUCCCCUUUCUACCGAUAGGCCAGCGUGAGUUAAAGGGAUAAGUUUGGAACCCCUCCCAUUCUUGAGCCCUGAUUGGUCGCAAAAUUUGAAUCUACCGGCCUAAACCAAGUGAUUCUGUGAAUCUAUUUUCGUGUAUGUACAGAGCCUCAAGUCCAGACUUUAUACAAUGUUUUUUCGGGCUCUGUACAUCCAAUAGCUCCUCUAUUUGCAGGGGUCAUUUGUGUCGGGUUGUUUUAUGUCUUUGCUAUGUUUUUGGGUAUUUUUAUGCUUUAUGUUCGUUAUGCUCAGUCGUGCUGUGGGAGUGUUCCAGGGUGGGUUUGACUGUGUCCAGGCUUUGUAUAAAUUGGCUGUACCAUCUCCCAUUAAAAUAUUCCUGUUGUACCCUUCAUCAAGUCUCGGCUGAUGUUUGGGUAGCUAAGAGCUCUGAUCACUGUUUCACUUGGGAUUUGGGAGAUUUACAACGAAUAUACUCAGCCGGAGUAUAGGGGAUACGUUGUGUAACGGAUCACCUGGCACCCCGACUGGGCACCUCCAUUGAAGGAUGCUCCUAGCGCUUCCUGAGGACUCCAAGCACUGCAGCAGACACCAUAACCACCAUAGACUCCUCAAGAGAGCAAGGCAGGAACAAGCUCUUACAAGAGCUUAGUAGUGAUUUAGCAAGGGAGUAUGACAAGCAUAGCAAUCCCUUGUAGCAGAUUUCCCCCCAAUAAGAGACGGCCCUCCAAACUGAUGGUGAAGUAGAACUAUCUAAAACUUUAUUUUACUUGGGACUAGCCCAUAUGGUCAUUACAUUAACAUUGCUGUGAAAACUCAAUAAAAUUACAAACCGUCAAAUCAUAGCAGGCAACAUACAGUGACUUAUUAUAACAUAAUUACAUAUUUAUAAAUGGGUGGGGAAGACCAUGAUUAACACAAAAUGUCUCUCCUGCAUGCAGAAUUAGCGAUAUGCAAAUCUACCCGAAUACGCAAAUUAUCAGUCUUGCUAUUCAGGUAGUGCAUAUUACUGUUGCUACCAACAGAGGGCAUUACACAAGCUCCAUAGCCAAAUCCACCUAGUUGGUAGCAAUCCUCAGCAGUACAGGAGAGCAAGCAAUACAUCCCAGGGGCCAUAGUCACAUGGCAGGAGGCUGGCAAUCAGUCUUCUCCAAUUCCCAGUGGCGAGGCUGGUUCCGCCACACGUUGCAUGGUUUAUUUCCCUUUACAAUCCAGGGAUACGGGCUGUCUACUCUAAUUGUGUUGUACUCCUUGGGCUACAGGUCAUCUCGCCUCUAAAUCUCCUUCUCUUUACUUCCAGGGCUAUGGGAUGUCUUACACUAUACACAAGUGGUCGGAGCUCAGCUGGACUGGACAUUGGCUAACGUUUGGAUGCUGGGUGUUCUACCGUCUAAUCAUCUGAUGGUGCAGCAAGCCCUUUGUGUGAGCAUCCAACCAACUCUGCCACCAGAGCCAGCCCUACAACGGGCACAAAUUGUACCACAUGCCAACUCCCAGUUUUAUCUGUACUCUCCAAGUGACCCGGUUCCUGUUUGGCAAAGAACAUGUUUUGAAGACAAAGAAUAAAACCACAAAGUAUUAAUUUAUAAUAAGCUGAACUCACCGCUCCUGCCUGUAAUACUAGAUGGAGCUGAGUGUUAGAUUUGAGAUUUGUGCCCAAAGAGCUGCGUUCAGGAUGUGCUCUCUCCUUGGUUCAGCAAUCCAUGGCAGUUUGCUGAUGGUACUAAGUGGACACAACUCCAGGUAUUAGAGGCAGGAGUAGAAGAGUUUGUCUCAGAAUAUGUUACAUGAUGUACCGAGUGUUUUCUUAAUAAAAAUCCAUUUGUCUUUCUGUGGAA